GCCGUCGGCGGGACUUCCGUGUUGGCGGGAUUCUGAACGCUGCCAUGGCUCAGACCGUGCAGAACGUUACAUUGUCGCUCACUCUGCCCAUCACGUGCCACAUUUGCUUGGGGAAGGUACGCCAGCCUGUCAUAUGCAUCAACAACCAUGUAUUUUGUUCAAUUUGUAUCGAUUUGUGGUUGAAGAAUAAUAGCCAGUGUCCAGCUUGCAGAGUCCCCAUCACGCCUGAAAAUCCUUGCAAAGAGAUUAUUGGAGGAACAAGCGAAAGUGAACCUAUGUUAAGCCAUACAGUCAGGAAGCACCUUCGGAAAACUAGACUUGAGUUACUCCACAAAGAGUAUGAGGAUGAAAUAGAUUGUCUGCAGAAAGAAGUAGAAGAUCUUAAGAGUAAGAAUCUUAGCCUAGAGUCACAAAUCAAGACUAUUCUGGAUCCUUUAACCUUGAUGCAAGGCAACCAGAAUGAAGACAAGCAUCCAGUUGCAGAUAAUCCAAAUAAAAUUGACCCAGAAACUGUAGCAGAGUGGAAGAAAAAACUUAGAACAGCUAAUGAAAUCUAUGAAAAAGUAAAAGAUGAUGUGGAUAAGUUAAAGGAAGCAAAUAAAAAAUUGAAAUUGGAAAAUGGUGGCCUGGUGAGGGAGAAUUUACGACUGAAGGCUGAAGUUGAUAACCGAUCACCCCAGAAGUUUGGAAGGUUUACAGUAGCUGCUCUUCAGUCCAAAGUAGAACAGCAUGAACGUGAAACCAAUCGCCUCAAGAAAGCCCUGGAACGAAGUGAUAAGUAUAUAGAGGAACUAGAAUCUCAAAUUGCACAGCUAAAAAAUUCAAGUGAAGAGAAGGAAGCUAUGAAUUCCAUUUGCCAGAGAGCACUUUCUACAGAUGGCAAGGGGAGCAUAGUCAACGAGGAGGAUAUGGCAUCAAAGAAUCAAGGUGAUGGUGCCAGAAAACAGCUUGGCUCAUCCACCUCAAGUUCUCACCUGGCAAAACCUUGUAGCAGUUCUGCCAGGCAGGAAAGCACCAGCAAAACAGAACCGAAUUGUUCUAAGAACAAAGACCUGUAUCAAAAACAGGUGGAAAUAAUGUUAGAUGUGACAGAUACAAGUAUGGAUACUUAUUUGGAAAGAGAUUGGGGUAAUAAGCCAAGUGAUAGUAUACCCUACAAAGAUGAAGAACUUUAUGAUCUUCCAGCUCCUUGUACUCCUUUAUCCCUUAGUUGCCUUCAGCUCAGUACUCCAGAAAAUAGAGAGAGCUCUGUAGUCAAAGCAGUAGGUUCCAAAAAGCACCCAAACCAUCUCAGAAAAUUGGUGUUUGAUGAUUUUUGUGAUUCUCCGAAUGUUUGUAAUAAAGAUUCAUCAGAAGAUGAUAGAAGUGAAAAUGAAAAGAAAUCAGAGUGUUUUACUUCCUCAGAGACAGGGUUUUGGGACUGUUGUUCCACAAGCUAUGCCCAAAACUUGGAUUUUGAAAGCUCAGAGGGGAACACAAUAGCAAAUUCUGUUGGAGAAAUUUCGUUAAAAUUAAGUGAGAAAUCAGGCUCAUGCUUAUCUAAGAGGUUGAAUUCUAUUCGCUCUUUUGAAAUGAAUCGGACAAGAACAUCCAGUGAAGCAUCCAUGGACGCAGCUUACCUUGACAAAAUCUCUGAGUUGGAUUCAAUGAUGUCGGAAUCAGACAACAGCAAGAGCCCUUGCAAUAAUGGUUUUAAGUCAGUGGAUUUGGAUGGGUUAUCAAAGUCGUCUCAAGGCAGUGAAUUUCUUGAGGAACCAGAUAAGCUGGAAGAAAGAACUAAGCCAAACCUUUCCAAAGGUUCUCUAACUACUGAUCAGUUAGAAAAUGGAAAUGAUUGGAAACCCGCUUCUUUUUUUCUCCUCUCUCCAUCUGACCAAGAAAUGAAUGAAGAUUUUUCUCUCCAUACCAGUUCUAACCCAGGAACUAAUGAAAUCAAACCCCCAAGCUGUUUGUUUCAGACUGAGUUUUCCCAGGGUGUUUUGUUAAGCAGUUCACACCGGCUAUUUGAAGAUCAGAGGUUUGGGUCAUCUUUAUUUAAGAUGACCUCAGAGAUGCAUGGUCUUCAUAACCACCUUCAGUCUCCUUGGUCUACUUCCUUUGUGCCUGAGAAGAGGAAUAAAAAUAUGAAUCAAUCAACAAAAAGAAAAAUCCAGAGCAGUCUUUCCAAUGCCAGCCCAUCAAAAGCAACUAAAAGUUGACUCAUUAGAAAGGUGUCAUUUAUGUUUUUGUUCUGAGAGGAAUAUAAGUUUUUAAAGUUCCUUUUUUCCCCUCAUAAAAGUUCUAUACAAUUUUGAAUUGAUAAUCUGUAGUCAAGUGUCAAGUCAGAAUGGUGGAUUAGCCUGUAACCAAAAUACUUUUGUUCAUUUUAAAGAAUUUGUCCUUUUUCAGUUUCAUUUGGGCAUCUUUUUAAACAGAAAAGAUAGGGAGAGGGUUUCUUUUAAUGAAUAUUAUAUGUAUCUGGUUUGGGUGUAUUUUGUUUUCUUUGGUCUUGGUUUAGCUGUUAAGAUACAGUGGCCUAUUAAUGAGCCUCGGUUGUCUUCAGAACUUGGAUUUCUUAAAUAAAACUUUUUGGGUUGUUUACACACUGCUCAUAAGACACUUGAGUUUCUUUAAAACUUUCCUAGGGUGGGAAUAAUUUUGCCUGCCCUUUUUUAUUUAUAUUUAGUGAUGGCUCAACUUUUAGGCAGGGCCAUGUGGAGAAAUAGCACUCUAUAUUAGUCCAGUAUUCAUUUACUUUUUUUUUUUUUUAGGUUUUGUAUAUGUAUGUUUGCAUUUUUAACAUUGUGUUUUGUACAGUUUUUGUGAGAACCUUUUGCUAGAAUGAAAGAACACAUUUUCUAUAUGAAAAUAUUUGUUUUAUGUCAGGUAGCUUUCAUUUCCUCAUCUUUUUGUGUGUGUUGAAAAUCAGAAAUUGAGCCUACCUUGGAAAGAAGGCAUAGAAUGGUUGGUUGGGUUUGGAGGAGCCUAAACAUGGUAGCGUCAUUGUUCCAGAUACACAGGUGCAGAAGCGCUCUUUGCCAAAUGCUUGAUCCACUUUCAUCCCAGGGAGCUUUUUUUGGAGUGAAGUUCUUGUUUGCAUGUUACUAUUCUUUGUGGAAACUGUAUGCAUGGUAGCAUUCUUGCUUGCACUGUUUUCCUUACUUAAGAAAAAGAAGUUUUAGUUGGCUAAUAGAAUAUCUUUUAUGUAGGACAGAAUUUUUUUUCAUGAAGAGUGUUGAAAUGAGAAUAGGUGAGCUAAGCACAAUUUUUAAUUUAGGCUCUGAAAAAGUAUAUUCUAAACAUGUUUGGUAUGCCUAUAUAGGCCUUUAAAAAUGGUUUGUAUGCUAAUGACUUGUUUAUCUAAUGUGCACUGAACAUUUUACAUUAAUACUGUACUGUUUUACAUUAAUACUGCAUGCUUUUCUAUGUGAAUUGAAUAAAGGAUGUCAUAAGCACUGUAAUCCUUGAUGUUGUCUUAGAUAUUGAAUUAGCCUGUAACGACCAGUAAAACUUACAUUUUUAAUUGAUCUUAUAGAAGUUGACAAACUGUGGACCAUGGACCAAAUCUGGCCUACACUUGUUUCUUGUGAAAAACCUGUGAACUAAAAAUGGUUUUUACACUUUUUAAGUUUUUAAAAAUCAAAAAAAUCUUUCAUAAUACAGGAAAAUGAUAUAAAAUUGAAAUUUCAGUGUUUCUAAAUAAAGUCUUAUUAGAAUGCAGCUACACUCAUUUGUUUACAUAUUAUCUAUGACUGCUUCUACAUUGCAGUGGCAGAGUUGAAUAGUUGCCACUGAGACCAUAUGGCCCACAAAGCCUAAAUAUUUACCAUUUGGCAUUUUACAGAAAAAUUUGCUGACCCCUGUUAAUAAUAGACUCUAAGGAUUCAAUGAAACUAUAAAAGUGUAACAAAUCACUUUUAUGAUAUGGAGAAUAAUGCCUUCCACUUUUAGAAAUAAUAAGGGCCAAAAAUAAAAGCUAACAUGAAGCAUAAUUUUAAC